AUGCUCAUCCACUUCCAGUCCUACCACAGUGAGGGGGGAACUGUUGUGCAUUGCUCUACUGGAAUUGGACGGACUGGCACAGUGCUGCAGGUGCUGAUGAUGUAUGAAAUGCUGAACCUUAAGAGCUACUUAAGUCCCCUUGAAGUUCUUGGAAGAUUGAGGAUGAGUCGUGCUCGCCUAGUGGAGAAUGAAGCUCAAUAUAAUCUCAGCCUAGAGAUUUUGGAAGAGGUCUUAUUUGGGAGGAAAACAAAUGUGUCUACAGACUACCUGUCAAACCAUCUGGAUAAAUGCAUUCUUUCAUCCAGGACUCAGUAUGCCAAGGCCAAAGCUCUUCCUUCAUCACUCACCUACACUACCUCCAACCUGCCAAUCUGUCAGCCACUCAAUCGCAACCCGUCAAUCCUACCAUCUGACUCUAGCCGCUUCUAUCUUCAACCCCAGGCUGGACUGAAUGCAGAGUUGUCUCAGUACAUCAAUGCUAUACGUGUGCCAUUCCUAGACAAGCAGAAAUUCAUUAUAGCCACAGAACACCCACUGCUAGACACUGUUGCCAAUUUCUGGAGGCUUGCGGUUGAGACAGAAUGUACUCUAAUUAUCUUCAUCAACAGCUUGGAGGACCAGAAAGAGGGCGAGUUCCCUACAAUGCUGCACGCCCCUGAGAUGUGGCAGGUAGGAGACUAUCAGCUGCAGGUGGAGCAGACUGAACAGUAUGGCGUCUGGCUGAGGCACUCCGUCCUCACCAUUACUUCAAAGAAGGAUGGGGGGAUGCACCGUGUUCAUGUGUAUCAGGGUAGUCAGUGGCCAAUCUCCUCCUCACUGCCUCCGUCUCCUUUCCUGCUGCUGACUGUUGCUGAGCUGCUGCAGGUCCCUCGAAGUGCCAAGGCUGGACCACCUCUCUUGUGCUGUGAGCAGAGUUGCUUCAUAUAG